AUGAUACUUGGAAUACAAAUAUACUCAACAGCCCUUCAUCGUGCGAAUGGAUUGGUUCCCCGCUUCCGUUCAUUUUCACCUCGCCUCAUGACAGUUUCAUCAAAAACCUUAUUUUUGUGCAUUUCCGUGGCGUUGAAUGCAAUCUCCGCUGGUGGAAUUUUCUGCUUUCCACUUUUCGCUCCGUCGUUGGCCUCUCAUCUUCAGCUGACCCAACGUCAGAUUUCAACCAUCGCUCUUGCUGGAAUGAUGGGCCAAUAUCCGUUUGCUUCCCUCUGGGGCAUUGUCAUCGAUACCAAGGGUCCGUGGGUGUGCGCCUUGGCAGCAUCCGGAUUGUUUGGUGUCGGAUAUUCAUUGUUCGCUUCGACAAUUCGCUACGCUGGUUCCAGCCAUACCUGCUCCACUCCGAUCUUCGUCUUGCUAGUGUUCUGCUUUUUCCUGUGUGGAUUAGGAACCGUGGCAUCUUAUUUUUCAUGUUUAUUUGGCGCCUCGAAGGGCUUUCCAAAGCGUUCUGGACUAGCAACUGGCAUCGUUACAGCCUUGUUCGGACUUUCUCCUUUGUUACUUUCUUCAAUUGGAAAUGCUGUUUUCGCCGACCUAGAUGACGUUCUGGAUGCUCCGAAAUAUUUAUACUUCCUCGCCUGUUUUUGUGGCUUAGCGAAUUUGUCUGGCACUUUGGGCCUCCAAGGGAUCUCUCGGGGUGCAGCAUCCUCGCCAAGCAGCGAUUCCCUGAACGAUGAUCAGCCGUACGAGCACACACCUCUCAUCCGAUCAUCUGAGGGCGACCUUGUUCAUCAACGCGAGGGCCUACUUUCUCUGCUUCAAGACUUGGAAUUUUGGUUGCUGGGAAUCGUGAUGCUAGUUUGCAUGGGCAUGUCUGAAAUGGUCAUAUCCAAUAUUGGCUCUAUCGUCGCAUCGUUUGAUUAUCCUGGAGAAGCAACUCAGCUCAGUGCUGGCCCACAAGUCCGCCUAAUCAGUCUCGCCAACACGGCCUCGAGGCUCCUCACUGGAUCGAUUGCUGAUAUUGCGUCCCCGACCCCUGCCAAGAGGCAGAGUACUGGAGAACUAAUUUUUCACAGAACUCGAGUAAUGAGUCGGGCAGUGUUCGUGUGGCUGUCGUGUUCCGUGUUACUCACUGCAUCCUGCUGGAUGGCGGCUGGCACAACGUCCCCACAAGGACUGUGGGUUGUAAGUCUGGGUACGGGAGCAGCAUACGGAAUGCUCUGGACAGUUGUUCCUUCGCUCGUUGAGUUCAUCUGGGGCUCCAGAAAUGCGGCGCGCAACUUUGGCACCAUAUCCUACUCCCCAUUCCUGGGGACUCCCAUAUUCACUUUCCUUUACGCCUCCUUUUCGGAUCGUGCCCGCAAACCUGGUCCAGACCCUAUCUGCAGAGGCACUCAGUGUUGGAAGCCCACGUUUGAGAUUUGUACUGGAAUUCUUUGUGGUGUCACCGUCGUCGCUGCUGCAUUGUGGCGAAGGUGGGCACAUAGGGUCUAG